AUGCUCACCGGCGGCUUCCAGUGGUCGGAGCCGUCGGACCGCGUCUUCAAGCGGACGUGCUUCACCCUGACGCUGUCCAAUGGGCGGGAAUUACGUUAUAUCGAUGACAGGCAGAUGGGCCGCGUCUACUACGUAUCGCCCGACCAACUUGGAGAGAUUCCACAGUAUGCCGAGACAUGGGGCCGGACGCGCUCGACGAGCCCUUCCUGGCGAGUUCAAGGAGCGGCUCCGUCCGUUUCGCGGGGAGAUCAAGGGCAUCAUCACGAGAGGAAGGGUUAUCUCAGCAUAGGCAAUGCGUACGUGGACGAGAUCCUAUGGGACGCCGAGAUCUACCCGUUCCGCAAGAAGCGGGACCUGAGCGACGACGACCUUCAACGGAUUCUCGACUCGUCGGCGCGAGUGAUACGCGAGGCAGUUGGGCAGGUCAGAGAGGCAAUGGGCGAGGACAUUCAUCGCAAGAGACGCGACUUCCUGAAGUGCAAACAUGGCGGCAUCACGGUCAGUUGGUCUUGCGCUCCGAGUGAGAAGAACGUGAAGCACCCCUGGGUAAACAUACUGAUUCUGGCCUUCGUGACCGUCGAGUUCAUCAGCGGGUUCUGGGGACUCGUCUCCGGCUCGCGCGACGAGGCGGUCUUCAUCAUCAUCCACCGGAUCGCCGGGUACGGGCUGGUCGUCCUCAUGGUGUGGAAGGUCGCCAUCAUCCUGUUCGCGCUCCGCAAUCGGAAACGCGGUCGGAUGGAGCGCACGCAUCUCUCGUGCUCUUCGGCCUGCUGA